AUGGUCCGAGAGAACCAAAAUACGGUCCAAGGAAGUGGCGGAUAUCACACACCUCGCAAAACCCCGAAUCCAUUUGGAAAGUUCCCCCUACCUCCCCCACUCCCAAUCCCAUCACUAACCGCCGAUAUCGUACCCACGGUCACGGAAACUUGGCCUCACGUCUGUUCACAUACUCUUAUUCCUCCCAUUUUUAUCUAUACGCUUAUUCAUUCACCCACACAUCCAUCAAGAUACCUUAACCAUAUGCUAGAAAACGCCACGUACACUCACUCAUUCAUUAGUUCAUACGUACAACUUACAUGCAUACAGACGCACGCACACACACACACAUACACACACACAUGCACACGCACAUACGCACACACACACACACAUACACACACACACACGUACACACACGCAAUACACACCACAACACAACACUGCUUAAAUAUGGACUUGGGCAAAUGA